AUGAAGUUACUUGUGUUUAUCUUCAUUUUGGUCAUCCUGACUAUUUUUACAGAUACUUCACCAAUUUUGACUGAAAAAGAAGCUAAACAGAUUCUGAGAACCCGUCGUGAAGACAGACCAAGAAAAGCUGGUUUCCCUGAUGAGCCAAUGAGGGAACACAUGCUUUACCUCCAGCGCUUGGAGCAGAGAUCAGAAGAACAAUUCCUUGAGCAUUGGUUAAAUCCACACUGCUACCCGCAUUGCAACAGGAAUUUAGUUCAUCCAGUUUAAAGGGUUUGUUUUUCCCCCAGUUACUGAUCUCCCCAGGCGUGUUUAAGAGGAAACGGUCUAUGAUUAUGUUAAACAGGACGAGGUUCAUCCAGCAUCUGCUAUGUACUAACUAUCGAGCUGAAUGUCUUUGGAAUAUUGGGCAAACUUAGCAUGUAGCAAGGCUUUCUUUUGUAAUCAUGCAUAUUUAAAACAAUUUCAUUGACUCAUGUAGAUCGCCAUAAUUUUUCAACCCAUCAGUAAAUGAAUGGUUUAUAUGCAUGAAUCUAGGGCUUCUCCUAAGAUUUUAGAAAUAGGGUGGAAUAAGUCACCAACUUGUCUUAGAACAUGUUUAUUUGGGGCACUGUCUUAGUAUAUAUUGAAGCAGAAGGAGGCUUUAAGAGAAAGGAAUAAAUACGAAUGGAAAAUAAA